GAUGGCGUAUAUGCCAUCGCAGAGCUCUCGCCAAGGACGCCUGGUUCCGGGCGGGUAUAUAAGGCCGCGGAUCGCGGCCUUCCACAACAGUCUUCAUCUUUCGGGCAAAGAUACAACGUCGCAAGGCAUCAUGCGUUCUCUCGUGCUCCUGAGCGUAAUCGUGGGCGUGGCCGUGGCCGCCCCCCAGCACGGCUUCCCGAUGGACACCGCAGAGGUCUCAGCCGCCCGCGCCGCCUUCAUCGCCGAAUACAACCGCCUGGCUGACCUAGCGGCCCGAGCUCCCGACAUCCACAUCAUCCACAGAGACCCCGUCGAGCACCAGCGCGCCAUCCAGCAGGCAGCUAACCACGUGCCCCAGUCCGUGCCCGUGCCCGCCUUCAACGCCUUCUCCUUCUCGGCCAACCUGGGCAACAACCAGCAGUUCGUCCCGGGACCCAACACUUUCCCGGCCGCCGGGCACCUGGCUGGGCAUCUGGCCGGGCACCAAGCUCCUCCUGUUCCUGCCCCUACGUCGCCCCACCGCUUCUCCGCUCCCGGAGCCCCUACCCAGAAGUGGCAGGGUCCUUUCGCCCACACCAUCCCCGCCGGCGUCCAGGGAUCCCAAGGGACCGUCGAGACUCCAGAGGUAGCCGCUGCUAGAAGCGCCCACUUCGCUGCCCACGCUGCCGCCCUCGGCUUCCAGGGAUAAUGAGGGAGGUACUAUACCACCAGCAGCUGCCCGCCUAGAGGUAUCCCAGCAAAGGAGGCGCACCACCACCAGCCAGAAGGGAGGCCUGUCUCUCCUACUACAGAGAAAGCAGUCCCUAGCUGGAAUCGCCCCCCGUGCCAAAGAUGUGAUCGUUAUACGCCUUUUCUCUCUUUUGUCUCUCUCUCUCUCUCUCUCUUUCUCUCUCCCCUUCCAUAUUUUAUCUUUGUAAAAUACAUACGACGAAUUAUAUUAUAUGAGAUGUAUAUAAACAA